AUGGCUACCUACGGAAAAAUUGGAGAGUUUGAUCCGGCAACGGAACUCUGGAACAAUUACAUCGAGAGAGUGAAUCAGUUCUACAUAGCAAAUGACAUUGCAGAUGCCACCAAGAAGAGAGCAAUCCUGCUGAGCUCAUGUGGAGUCAAAGCCUACCAGCUGUUGAGAGGUUUGUCAAAUAACGAUCCUGCUUCCAAAUCUUAUGACCAGCUAGUACAAUUAAUGAAAGAUCAUUUAUAUCCCACUCCCAAUUCGAUAGCUGAGAGAUUCAGAUUCAACACUCGUGAUAGGCAACCUUCUGAAACAAUUUCCCAGUACUUGGCAGUUUUGCGUCGACUCAGUGAACAUUGUGAGUAUGGAGAAACACUGGACGACAUGUUAAGAGAUAGACUUGUUUGUGGUAUUAAGGAGGAAAAAAUACAACAAAAGCUCCUGAGUGAGAAAGACCUCACCUUAGCCAAAGCCCUACGAAUUGCAUGUUCUAUGGAAUCAGCAGCAAGCUACUCCAAAAGCAUUCUCCAACAUCAUUGCUAUCGAUGUGGAGGGACAAAACAUACAGUAGAGGCAUGUCCAUUCAAGGAUGCUGAAUGUUAUUAUUGCCACAAAAAAGGACACACCGUUAAAAAAUGUCGUCAAAAGAAACGAAAUGAUGAGAAAUCCAGACCACCCCGGAAACCAAUAAACCAACUGGAGUCCGAACAUGAAGGAAAUGUUUACAAAGAAACUGUUGAACAGUCCGAUAUGUUUAACCUGUAUAAAUUAGAAGGGAGCAGAGUUGAACCGCUUUUUGUAAAUGUCAGUAUUGAAGGAAAAACCAUCAAGAUGGAGGUCGAUACCGGUGCAUCGAUGUCGGUGAUAAGUGAAAAAACAUUACGAAAAUGCAUUCCAGAGUUGACCAUCCAGCCUAGUAACUUAAAGUUAAAAACUUUUACAGGGGAAAUCAUAACACCCUUGGGAUCAGCUGCUGUAAACGUUGAACACCAAAAACAGAAAUACACACUGUCAUUGACUAUCGUACCCGGGGAAUCUCCUUCAUUGUUAGGUCGAGAUUGGCUAAAAGUAAUCAAGUUAGAUUGGCCCAGUUUGUUCCAAGUCAAGCAUUCUAGCAAUACCAAUCUACAGCAAAUAUUAGUACAGCAUGCCGCCGUGUUUACGGAAAGUAUGGGAUUGCUGAAGGACUUUAGAGUCCAUAUUCCUGUGGACUCCUCUGUCGCACCAAAGUUUUGCAAAGCACGACCAGUCCCGUAUGCCUUAAAAGACAGGAUCGACACUGAACUUGAUAGACUUGUACAAGAUGGCAUAUAUGAACCAGUUGAAUAUUCAAGAUGGGCAGCCCCUAUCGUACCGGUAAAGAAAGAGGACGGUACUAUCAGAAUAUGCGGCGAUUACAAACAGACAAUAAACCAGGCUGCACCUUGUGACUCUUAUCCAAUUCCGCGAACUGAAGAUCUUUUCGCCUCAAUGUCAGGGGGUGAAAAGUUCACAAAGCUGGAUUUGAGUCAUGCAUACCAGCAAUUGGAGUUGGACGAGGAAACAAGAGAAUACCUCACAAUCAACACACACCGUGGCUUGUACCGCCCCACAAGACUUCAGUAUGGAGUACAUUCCGCCACCGGCAUUUUUCAGAGGGAAAUGGAUAGGCGACUCCGCCAUAUACCACGUACCAAAGUGCGAGUAGACGAUAUUUUAAUAUCUGGUAAGGAUGAUGAGGAACAUUUGAGAAAUUUAUCGUCAGUCCUGCAAGUGAUUGAAAGCUCGGGAUUGCGACUGAAGGAAGUCAAAUGCGUAUUUCUAGCAGAAGAGGUGACUUAUCUGGGUUACAACAUUACCAAGGAAGGAAUAUCGCCUUCACCAGAGAAGGUCAAAGCUAUAAGGAAUGCAGCCCCUCCAGAGAAUGUUACACAGUUAAAGGCUUAUCUCGGAAUGCUCAACUAUUAUAAUCGUUAUCUACCAAACCUUUCUGCAAUGAUUGAACCACUGCAUCGUCUGCUGAGAAAGGGGACAACCUUUCACUGGAAAACCGAACAAGAAAAAGCGUUUACCGAAUCGAAAGCUCUACUAUAUAAAGCACCGUUGCUGACGCAUUUUGACCCCCAACGUUCGAUCCUUGUGUCCUGUGACGCCUCUCCUUAUGGGAUAGGUGCUGUUCUCGCCCAUGUAAUGGAUGAUGGUUCCGAGAAGCCCGUAUGUUAUAUUUCACGGACUCUUUCUCCAGCAGAGAGGAAUUAUGCCCACAUUGAGAAAGAGGGUUUAGCCAUAGUAUUCGCAGUCAAAAAGCUUCAUCAAUAUCUUUAUGGACAGUCUUUCAGAAUUAUAACUGAUCACAAACCUCUUUUGGGACUAUUCGGACAAAACAAACCAAUUCCACCGCUUGCAGCUGCUCGUGUUCAGAGAUGGGCCCUCCUGCUGUCUGCUUAUAGCUACGUCUUGGAGUACAAACCAGGUGUCAAUCACGCCAACGCUGACUGUCUAAGCCGCCUUCCACUUCAAGCAGACAGUUCUGAUUACUCGAACAAUGAAAGUGCAAUUCACAUGAUGGACCUAGUGCAAGCACCACUAACCUCCGCUGAUGUUAAGCUACAUACAAGUCGUGACCCAGUCCUGAGCAAAGUGUUGGACUUGAUAUCCAACGGUUGGAAAGUAAACCGAGAAAUAGAAUUACAACCGUACUUUUCAAGGAAGGAUCAACUCAGCAUCGACAACCAAUGCUUGCUGUGGGGUUCUCGUGUCAUUAUACCAAGCUCGUUACGACCACAACUGCUUGGACAACUUCACCAGUCUCACCCAGGGAUCACUCGCAUGAAAAGUUUGUCGAGAAGUAUUGUGUGGUGGCCAAAGAUGGAUUCUGAGAUUGAGUUGACCGUCAAAAAUUGCAAAACCUGUGAAAUCCACCAAAAAAUGCCAGCUGCAGCACCAAUACAUUCCUGGGAAUACCCAAGCCAACCCUGGGAGCGGAUCCACAUGGAUUAUGCGGGACCGUUUUUGAACAAAAUGUUUUUGAUAGUUGUUGAUGCUUUUUCAAAAUGGGUGGAAGUAAUAGUCAUGAAUAGCUCCACCUCCACUGCGACUAUUGAGCAACUGCGCAAAAUCUUUGCCACGCAUGGCCUGCCUGGAGUUUGUGUUAGUGAUAAUGGACCGUGUUUCGCAAGCACUGAAUUUGAGCAAUUUAUGAAACGAAAUAACAUCAGACACAUUUUUUCUGCACCAUACCAUCCUGCUUCAAAUGGACAAGCAGAGAGAACCGUCCAAACUGUGAAAAACAGUCUUAAAAAGAUAGAAUCGAAUGGUCAAUCCAUUGAGACCAGAGUAAGCCGUUUGCUGUUCACGUACCGCAUCACACCACACACCACCACGGGCAGGUCACCUGCAGAACUACUGUUCAAUCGUCAAUUAAGGAGUGCCCUCCAUUUCGUUAAACCAGAUCUGAAACAGACAGUCAAGGGGAAACAGAUGGAUUCUGAGAAUCGAAGUCAUCGAUUGAAACCGCUGCGGCAAUUUCUAGACCAAGAGGAGGUACUGAUUAGAAAUUUUGGUCAAGGACCACGGUGGGUGAGAGGAAACAUUUCGAGAAAGAGAGGACCUGUGACAUACGAUGUUGAAGUGGGAGAGAAAAUCGUUCAACGCCACAUCGAUCAAAUGCGAGCUGCAACCGGCGAGAGAUUAGCUGAUUCAGCAAUGGUAGAGACAGACCCACCUCUGGCUGUGCUACCACAGUUUGAACCGUCAGAAGUUGACGAAAUCGUUACUGAAAUCGAGCCAAGGGUCCAGUUACCUGUUCCUGAGACAUCUGAGCCGUUUGAAGACGUUGCAGAAGAUGUGAACAAGGACACCAAUUCUCGACCUGAACGAUCUCGCCGUUUACCAAAGCAUUUCGAGGACUAUGACUUGAACCGCAUUGUAUACGUUUAA